AUGCCCCGAGAAUACUCUGAAUUUCAUCAGCAAAAAAUCAAGAACAAGUUUAGAAAUUUGGAAUCGAUGAUUUGUGUGUUCUCUGAAAGAGAUCGAUUCAAUUUGGCGAUUGGGAAGUAUUUCUGCAGAGAAAUUACGAUAAUCCGGCUGAAGAAUUUCUAUGUUUGCAGUGAUGAUUGGGUAAGGACAAACGCGAAGAUGAGGAGAAAAAGGCUAUACCCUAAUUCAGAUGCAGCGGGUUAAGGGAUGGAUGAAUAUAUGUAAACAGGAACCCUAAUCAUCCCUGGAGCUGUGGGUGGCACACGGAUUUAUAUAUGCCUACCUAAAAUUUUCAUUACAUUCACAAAAAUUCGGACACAAAGAUGGAAAAUCAUCUGAGAUGCACGUUAAAGAUGAUAAGGUCCUGGAUGAGAAGAACAGGAAGAGGACAGUAAAGACGCCUGUGCAGAUUCAAGCAUUGGAGAACUUCUAUUCCGAAAAUAAAUACCCAUCAGAUAUGCUAAAAGCAGAAAUUUCUGAGGCGACAAGCUUGACUGAGAAGCAAGUCUAUGGAUGGUUUUGUCACCGGAGGUUAAAGGACAAGAAGCUUUAUGAUAGCUCUGCUGGAGGGCUGGACCACUCGAGUGCAGUAGUAGAGCAAGAUCAUGGCAGCGGGCAUAGGCCAGAUUCUUGCGGCAGUACGAAACUAGGAGGCAAUAGGAAUUUUGAUACCAAGGAAGUCGAAAGUGGUAGGGUAAUUCUUCCACAACAUUCAGGUGUGGAACUUGCAUUUUCCGGAACUUCCCGGUACUUACCGCCAAAAUCUCCUCUGGAUAUGCCUGCUGCAAAGCCUAGGUCAGGCCCUUCGGGUUAUUUAAAGCUGCUGAAGCGCCCGUCUGAAAACCCUGCUAUAACUGCUGUCAAGAAGCAGCUGGGAACCCUCUAUACGGAGGAUGGUCCAACACUUGGUGUCGAUUUUGACAGUCUUCCUCCGGGUUCCUUCGAAUCAAAGCAGGUUCAAGUUUAUGAAAACUAUGGUACGAGAGAAGGCAUUUCUCCUGCUCUAGGUGGUAUUUCGAAUCUCCACCAGCACCUCAAGUUUGGAAAGGGAUUCGAGAUUGGCUCCCGCGGACCAUCACUCGGGUUGAAAAUGGAUAGAGCAAGUUUUAAGGUCCCUCAAGGAUCUGAUGGGCUGCACAUCUCCGGGCACCAAAAAUUCAAACAAAACUCUUCCCCGGGUUACUAUUCUGAUAGAUCACUCGGAAAGUCCGCUAAAGGUGUUGCUGGAAGCGACAUUAGAGAUGAUUUUGCGACGAGGUACAGGCAUGGUGUUGAAGAUACACAACUAGGUUUUGUUCUUGGUGGCAAAGUCAAUGAGGUGCAGGAAUCUAGUUUCUCUAGGCACAGCGGAGCAAGCCGAAAAAAAUUGCCAGGAGAAUAUAUUGAACAUCUUUCAACCACCACGUGCACAAAUGAAUCCGACAAUGUCUGGACUCUGGCACUUCCACGCAGAGGGAGUGCAAAGGCUUCAAAAAGGCCUCUGGAAGGACUUCCUCCUCCUCCGCAGCAGCCAUUGGUAAAGAAACAAUCUGUCGCAUCCGACUGCAUCGCAACCAAUCCAGCCAUAAGGCCUGGUGGUGAGCCCGGGAUCGGAGGUAGUGCUAGUGAUGAAAAGGAGGCGAAAAGUGGAGCAGAGAAAAGUUCUUGUGUGGAGUAAAGAACUCCAAAGAUUGGCCUUAGCAGCAGCAGGUCUCCUCCUCUUUAAGGUGAGGUUUUGAACAGAGUUUAGUGUUUUUGUUUUGCAUUAUUGAGGUAGAAUGAUUAUGUGUAUGUAUAUGACUGUGAGCAAUGGUGGUGGACCUGGUGGUGCGGCGGCGGCGGCUGUGGUGGUGGUGGGGUGGGAAACACUCAACACACACCCUGCUGUUGUAUAGUUUUGUUGUUGAUAUUAAUUAUGUACAGUUUAUUUGCCUCAAUGCAUUUUUGUAUAGCAUUAUUGAUUUAUUUCUUUUU